AUGGAAAACACAAGAGGUGGUGAAGACGAAACCGAUUCACAAGUGAAGAAGGAAUCGAAAGCCGAGGACAAUGUCGAAUCGUCGAGCUCUUCUAGUGAGAAUGGCAAAGGGAGUGGGAGUGGUGGGUAUAAUGCAGACUGUUCCUCUUCCGAUACAUCUUCGCUAGAAGCCGUAAAAGGCUCUGUUCCAGAGAAAGAGAUGAAAAACAUGUCAAUAGGCGCCGAUGGUAAUGAAGAAACGACAAAGAACAGUGGGAAAACUGGUCCGAAGCAUGCCAAGAAAAGAAAAUCAUCAAAAGCAUCAAAGACAACCACGAACGACGAAGAAGACAGCGAUGCAGCAGCCAAGGAAGGAAUAGUUGUGCAGAGUUCCCAAGAAUCGACAGCAUCAUCAGCUCCACAGUGGAAGGGGUUUAGAGUACACCAUCCAAUGGAUCCUCGAAUAGACCUCAGCACAGUGGCCCAUGUCCAAACCUCCGCCAUAGCACUUCCCAACAAUGUUGAUGUUCCUUACCAACAUCUUGAUCUGUAUAAAUCUCUGAAUGAGCAGAAUCCAGUGCAGCUGGACUGGUUAACGAUACAUGCCCCUCCGACUGCAGACCAAUACCACAAUCUGAUGAAGGUUGUCCAUCCAUUUUACAAUGCACAUGGAAUAAUUCAGGAUUUUGGUGAUGCGACCGUUGCCACCGAGACUUCAAAGAAGCCAGCCGGAUCACUACAGGACUCCUCAGAUAACAGCAGUGAUCAAAAGUCUUCUGGUGAAGACAAAAAGACGGACAAAGCAGGUGCAAGGGAGAAGAGAAACACGACUAUUCCUUCGCUUUCGAAAAGGGAAGCUGGAGAAAGCGAUGCUUCCUCAAUGGUGGUUCUUGCUAGAGCGAAGAAGAAGAAGAACACGAAGAAACCGUCUGACGAUCAGGCCAACGAUGGAUCAAACACCUCCUCGAACGCUGGAUCAAAUGCAUCGUCAGUGUCAUCAGAAAAGAAAGUAAGAAUACACCAUCCUAAUAAUCCAGAAGCAAGGAAUCAUCCCGAUGGAGCCAAUGAUCGAAAUGAUGAUCAAUAUGAUGGUGAUGCUGGAGAAGAAAGUCCUCAGGUCGAACCUAUUGAUCAUCAAGAGAGUUCGUCUUCGGCAUCUGUUGAGGAACGGAAUGCCCCAGUGAUACCUCAGGCUGCGCCACAAAUGCAUUUUCAAGGACCGGCAGUUGUUUCUGAGUACUCGUCUUCAAGAACGGGAGGCAGCGGUGAAAGCAACGGAAAUGGCUUGUCAACUUCUGGUUCUGGAAGUGGAGCCAACACAGGAAGUGGAACAGGUAGCGGGUCAAAUCAAGGAGGAAGUUCUGGUAGUGGAAAUGAUCACGGAGUAAUAUCAUCAAACGGCAACGGCUCUUCCGGGAGCGGAAACGAUGUAAAGGGAAGUAGUGAAGAUACCAUGGAGAACAGUGGCGAGAACAACAGCGGAGGUAACUCCGAUGAAUCCAACACAAAGAAGAAGAGCCUGGCCAAUCCACCAAACAUUGCAGGGGACGAAUCGCUUCGACAAAAUACUGGAAAAGGCGAUUCAAAGGAUGUUAUGAACCAGUCGUUUUCCGAGCGAUCAAUUGGUUCGAAAGAACAUGAUGCUGUCAGAGAAAAGAAACUCCAGGACAAGAAGAGGAAGAGAAUGAACAUGAGACGAGAGUACGAGGAAAAAGUACAACAGGAGAUGGAAUCAUCAGAAGACAGUAACGGGGGUGAAGACGUUGCAAUCAAAGCAGGGCGUCCAAUUACACUUGACAGAGUUCUAUCGUUUUCCAGUGUGCCUCGUAUUGUGAUGAAGGCAUUUCCCCCUUUCCUCGUUGUUCACACAAACGCAGCAUACAGUCGACUUUCGGGUAUUGACUCCCAUUCGGCUGUAGGCAAACCUGUUUCAUCCUUGCUGUCUCUUCCUGAGCAAGAUGCAGCGAGGGAACAAGGCACAAACGAGGAGUCUCAAAUUGAGAAUUCUUCUGUCGCCGUUGCGACCAGUGCCACUAUUCUGAAUCGAGAGGCACAAGCAUCCAAUCACCAGGAAGCGGAGGCGGCUGGACGCGCCCGAGCUGCUUCUGCAGAAGAUAAUACUACGGAGAUGUCGCUUGAGAGGCUAGUUGCAGCAAGUGGGUAUGGAAAACACCAUCCUAUUAGCGUUCUUUCGAAACCCCAAAACAUGGUUGGUCGAAACGUGACUGCAUCCAACCCUUCAACUCCUUCGAAGAAACGAAGUCGUGAAGAAGGAAGCAAUGGUAGCAGUAUUACCAGCAACAAUGAAGGAUCUCUCCAGUUUUUGAAACACAAUAUGAGCAUUUCUCCAAUCGUGUCGUCGCCAGAAUCUUUCAACGUUGACACAACAACAGAGAAAGACCUCGACGGCCAUCACCACAAGACAAAGAGAAGGAAGCAUCACCCCUCAAAUGAUGCGCUACAGACUGGUCAUAGAAAGCGCCAGUUCGUUACACAUUUCGUCAUCCAACUUGAGAAGUUUGAUGACAGUGGAAAGUUUCCGGGAAACGCAUCUCAGUCAUCUGCCUCGACAAAACCAGAGAACAAGCGACAACGCCAAAGGCAGUCGCAACAAAAUUCUGCCGCAGAGAGUGGCGCUCCCUCAGCAAACAACGACGAAGAUAAUGAGCCAGAAUCUGAAAGUGAUCAAAGCGAACCUAUAGUGGCAGUCGCUUGA